GACUUCCGUCUGCUCCAUGGUGUUCUUCCUCUCGAGUGUGGCCGCCUCCACCAGUCAGCUCUUUUUUCUGAGGAUUCUGUACUUUUACAGAAGGCGCUGAUUCAGGGGGAGAAAAUGGGUCCUGUGAUCCCACCAGCCAGGCGCCUGAGCCUUGAACACUGUAAGAAUUGCUCUUCUUGUCACCGGCCAACUUCUUGCCUCCUCCAAGGAGUUCUGCAUAAGCGGUCAUCCCUGGUUGAGCAGGAUUGUGUUGGGUGUUUCAGGAGUCAGUGACAUUCAAGGAUGUGGCAGUGGACUUCACUGAGGAAGAGUGGCAGCACUUGGGCCCUGCUCAGAGAGACUUAUACAAAGAAGUGAUGCUGGACAAUUAUAGGAAUCUUGUCUCCCUGGGGCUUCUGAUUUCCAAACCAGAUGUGAUCUUCCAAUUGGAGAGAGGAGAAGCCCCAUGGGUGCUGGAGGGUAAAGACUCUGGAUUCACAUGUGUGGGGUUCCUUAGUCCAGAGACCCUGUAUGAAUCAGCGGAGUCAACUCCGGAACAAGGCAUUUCUCUGGAAAAGUCAUCUGAAAAGAAACUUAAGACAGGUGGUCCCUGGGAUAACAAAGUAGAAGAAGCCUGGGAAUGUGAUAUUAGAUCAGAGCAACUGAAGUCUAACCAGGAAAGACAAUCCAGGCAACAGACAACUGUACACAAAAAAAGUUGGGCUAAGUUUAAUUCUAAUGAAUCUUGUAUAUUUGGAAGUUUCAGUUUGGUAUCAAACCUCAUUCCGCAACAGGAAAUUCAUAAAGUUAAAAGGUUUCAGAAAUGUGGCACAUACGGAAAGAAUUUCAAAAAGCGUAUAGAUCCAAGCAAAUAUGAUAGGCUCUUUUCCAGGAAGAAGCCAUGCAGGAAGUCACGAAGUUACUCCUCAGACUUUAUUCAGCCUCAUAGAAAACAUACUAAAGAAAAAACAUAUGAAUGUGGGAAAGUCUCGAGGAAUAGUAAAUCUUACAAAAAUUGUCAGAGAAUUCAUAUUGUACAGAAAACCUUUGAAUGUUAUGAAUGUGGGAAAUCUUUUAGCUGUUGGAACUACAUUACUAUACACCAGAGAAUUCAUACUGGAGAGAAGCCCUUUAAAUGCAAGGAAUGUGGUGAAUCUUUUACCUGGUAUAGACAGCUUACUGAACAUAAGAGAAUUCAUAUUGGAGCAAAGAAGCCCUUUGAAUGUAAUCAGUGUGGUAAAGCCUUCAGUUUAAGUUCUGACCUUACUCGACAUGAGAAAAUUCACACUGGAGAGAAACCCUUUGAAUGUUAUGCAUGUGGGGAAUCUUUUACCUGGCCUUCACAACUUACUGAACAUAAGAGAAUUCAUACUGGAGCGAAGAAACCUUUUGAAUGUAAUCAGUGUGGGAAAGCUUUCAGUCGAAGUGCACACCUUAUUGUACACCAGAGAACUCAUACUGGAGAAAAACCCUUUGACUGUUAUGCAUGUGGGAAAUCUUUCAAUCGUAGUGAGAACCUUACUCGACAUGAGAGAAUUCAUACUGGAGAGAAACCCUUUGAGUGCAAACAAUGUGGGAAAAACUUCAGUUGCAGAAGCUACGUUAAAAUACAUCAGAGAAUUCACACUGGAGAGAAACCUUUUUAAUGUAAUGAAUGUAGGGGAUCCUUUAUCUGGCAUACUUAAUUUACUGAACAGGAUAGAGUUCAUUUGCAGAUAACCCAUUUAAUUGUAGUAAAUGUGAGAAAUCUUUUAGCUACAGGACACAGCUUAUUGUAAGUAAAGAUUUGCACUGAAUAUUAAACUUUUGAAUGUAAUCAAUGUGGAAAGGUUUUCAGCUGCUAUUAUUGCUUUGCUUGACUUGAGAGUAUUCAUAUAAAUGAGAAUAAGAUCAUAGAUUUAGGCCUGGAAGCAACCUUAGAGUAGGGUCAUGGAUCCUUUUGGAA